UCCACGCACAGCGAGCCACGAUGGCCUCUCCCUCUAAGCCGACGCUGCAGGCCAUCCACGCCUACCUCGCCGAGGUGGCGCCGCAGACGGCCGCCGCGCUGGUGGCCGAGCAGCAGGUGCAGCCGCUGCCCGCCGCGCUGCGCCGCUCCACCAGCCAGCGCAUGCUCGCCACGUUCGGCGGCGAGCAGGCCGCUGCCGCGCAGGCGAGCAGUGAUGACAGCUCGAGCGACAGCGACAGCGGCAGCGAGAGCGACGACGAGAGCUCGGGCGACGAGUCGGACGCCGCGCCCGCCGCUUCUGCCGCUGCUGUCACUGCUGCGCCAGCAGCGCCAGCGUCGUCGACGGCGCGCAGCUCCUCUUCGUCCUCAUCCUCCUCUUCGUCUUCAUCCUCUUCGUCGUCAUCGUCGUCGUCGUCGUCCUCUUCGUCCGAGUCUGACAGCUCCGACUCGGAGAGCGAGAGCGAGGACGAGGCCUCGAGCGCCGGCGCCAGCACUGUGGCCGUCAGCGUGGCACUGCAGACCCCGACGCCGGCCGCCGCACCUGCCGCAGCCACUGCCGCAAAGCGCAAGCGUGCGGCCGAUGACGAGGGCAGCAGCAGCGAUAGCGACAGCAGCAGCAGCUCCUCGAGUAGCAGCAGUAGCAGCAGCUCGAGCAGCUCGAGCAGCUCGAGCGACUCCGACUCAGACUCCGGAGACGAGUCGGACAGCUCUUCGAGCUCCUCAAGCUCGUCCAGCUCUUCCAGCUCCAGCUCUAGCUCCAGCUCUAGCAGCAGCAGCUCGUCGUCCAGCUCUAGCAGCUCGUCCUCUUCUUCCUCUUCUUCCGACUCGUCCGAUUCGGAUGGUGAUGCCGUCAUGGCCACCGCGCCCUCCACGCCCGCGCCACCGGCUCCCACUCCGCGGCCAGUCCCGGCAUCCGCCUCUGCGUCGCCGGCGCCCUUCAGCACGCCGAGCGGCAGCGGCGCCGCAGGCGCAAAGGGCCGACGCAGCACCGGCACGCCGUUUCAGCGCGUCAAGAGCGAUGCCGUCGAGUACGCGCACGAGGGCAUGAAGGACAUGAGCUACGAGGCCGCAGCCGGCCAGUCCGGCUAUGGCGCCAAGGCGUCGGCGGACCUGCUGCCCACGCGCGGCAAGGGCUUCACAAAGGCCAAGAACAAGAAGAAGCGCGGCAACUACUCGGGCGGCGAGAUUGCGCUCGGCAGCAACUCGUUCAAGUUCUCCUACGACGACGAAUAGACGGCUCGUGGUAUCGUUAUGUGCUCCGGUUGCAAUGGUUAUGCCUCACAGAUA